AUGGAAAGAAGAAACCAGACCAGAAUCUAUGAAUUUCUUCUCAUGGGUCUCUCUGAGCAUCCAGAACAGCAAUCUCUCUUCUUUGGGUUCUUCUUGGGAAUGUACCUAACCACUGUGAUGGGAAAUCUGCUCAUCAUCCUGGCUGUUGCCUCUGACUCACGCCUCCAUACCCCCAUGUACCUCUUUCUGACCAAUCUGUCCUUGUCUGACAUUGGGUUUAUCUCUACAGUAAUUCCCAAGAUGCUUGGUAAUAUUGGUUCAGGAAGUAAACUGAUUUCUUAUGGUGGGUGCCUGACACAACUCUAUUUCUUCGGCCUAUUUGCAGAUCUGGACAAUUUUCUCCUGGCUGUGAUGGCACUUGACCGUUAUGUGGCCAUCAGCCACCCCCUCCAUUAUGCCAUGACCAUGAACUCCCAACGUUGUGUUCUACUGGUGACUGGCUCAUGGGUGAUCACUACAUUUCACGCUCUACUGCAUACUCUUCUAGUGAUCAAUCUUUCCUUCUGCGGCCCCAAUAUCAUCCCCCAUUUCUUCUGUGAUCUUGUCCCACUCCUGAAGUUGGCCUGCUCCAGUACUUAUAUCAAUGACCUGAUGCUCAUCCUUGUAGCAGGAACAUUGCUUGUAGGACCAUUUGUCUGCAUCCUUACAUCUUACUUUUACAUUGCUUUGGCUAUCCUGAAAAUUGAUUCCCCAAAGGGUAAGCAAAAGGCCUUCUCCAACUGCACCUCCCACCUUUCUGUGGUUUCUCUAUUCUACAGCACAGCUAUUGGGGUCUAUUUAUGCCCUCCAUCCUCCUCCUCAGGUGGGAAAGACAGAGUCUUCUCAGUAAUGUACACAGUCGUGACCCCCAUGCUGAAUCCUUUCAUCUACAGCCUGAGAAAUAGGGAUAUGAAGGGGGCACUAGGGAAAUUACUCAGAAUAAAAACAUUGUAA